AUGGAGAACAUGUUGGGUUACACCUCGAUGCCAGUUCCCGUCCUUAUAUCGCUGGCUUUAGGCCUCUCCCUUCUCUUACUUCGGAAAUUCACAUAUAAGGACACGGCCCUCAAUCCAAAGAGACCCUUCGAGCUCACGUCUACCAGAGUCAAGCAGGAAUUCUUCUUCAAUGCUCAGAGGCUAUUACGGGAUUGGUUUGCAACCCACCCCAACACGCCAGUACCUUUGCAUACCGAUGUUGGGAAAAUGACAAUGCUUCCCCCGAGUAUGGCGAACGAGAUUCGGAAUAACGAGAAUCUGAGCUUCUCCCGAUGGGCUAUGAAGGCAUUCCAUGGAAAUUUACCUGGAUUCGACGGAUUCCGUGAAAGUGGCCAAGACUCGGGGAUUGUCCAGGCUGUUAUUGCAAAUGACCUGACGAAGUACUUGAAUAAGGUCACCGAGCCCCUUGCCGAUGAAACUUCCGUGGCCGUCCGUGAGCUGUUAACCGAUAACGAUGAAUGGCAUACAAUCCACUUGAGUGGUGUAAUAGUGGCUCUCAUUUCCCGCAUCUCCUCUCGUGUUUUUCUUGGGGAGAAGCUGUGCCGAAAUGAAGAAUGGCUGCGAAUCACUCAAAGCUAUACCAUAGAUGGCUUCCUAGCGAUGACAGAACUCCGCAUGUGGCCUGCAGCUAUUCACCCCAUCGUACACUGGUUCUUGCCCCGAUGUCGCAAGCUCAGGUCUCAGGUGAGUACAGCUCGGAAGGUCAUGCGGCCAAUACUGGAGGAGAGGCGUCAAUUAAAGGAAGGCGUUCAAGCAGAGGGUAAACAGUCACCAAUAUUUGAUGAUGCUAUUGAAUGGUUCGAAAAGGCCGCGAAGGGUCGGCCUUAUGAUCCAGUCGGCGCGCAGCUGAUCGUUUCUGUUGGGGCUCUCCAUACAACUUCGGACCUGACGUGUCAGACAAUGACCCAUCUCACCGCUCUGUACAACAUGAAAUUGUUGGAUAGCGUUAUCCGAGAGAGCCAAAGACUGAAACCAGUCACCAAUGUCUCAAUGCGCCGGAUGGCUCUUAAAGAAGUCAAGCUCUCCGAUGGGACGGUCAUCCCGAAGAAUGGCAUGCUUGCGGUAUCGGCACACAAGCUAUGGGAUGACGACACCUACGAAAAUGCGACCUCCUGGGACGGAUACCGGUUUUAUAAGAUGCGCGAUGAUCCUGAGCGACAGACUCAGGCACAACUUGUUACAACCGCCCCGGAGAACUUGGCUUUUGGACAUGGCAAACAUGCAUGUCCUGGACGCUUCUUUGCUGCCAAUGAAGUGAAGAUUGUAUUAAUCUAUCUCCUCCUGCGGUAUGACUGGAAGCUGUUGGAAGGGACGGUACCAAGGAUUUUCUCUGGUGGGUUUGGCAUGGCACUUGACCCGACUCUGAAAAUGGAGGUUAGAAGGCGCCGCGAGGAGAUGGAAAUAUAG